AUGGAUAAACAAGCUAAGCCAAAGAAUAAGCUCUUAAAGCUUCUACCAAGGGCUGCUUCUGGUAUAACGUUCCAAAACAUUCCUUUCAGUCCAGGUAAAAGAUCAGAUCAUGGGAAUACAAACAAGCCAAAAACCCACAUCGGCAAAGGAUUUUCCGGUCCGAUGGUAUCGAUGAUUCCGGCUGAAGCUCGACGAAAGUCGAAGAACUCCAGCUUUGAAGCACAAGAACCCACUUCACCGAAAGUCUCAUGCAUGGGCCAGAUCAAGCACAGAAAGAAGAUGAGCAAAGAUAAGCAUGCUUCGAUGCCUAAAGAAUUCAAGCCCUUUUCAACUCCUCCUCCAGUGAAGAACAAGCCAUCGACGAUCAAGCCCGUGUCGUCUCCGGCCGAGGUGAAGAAAAAACCAUCCACGAUUCGAAAUAUCUUUGGCGGCGGUGCAAAACAAGCUGGUCGGAAAUCUGAUGCUUCUGCUGAUAAGUCGACUCUUAGAGAUAGAGCACCGAAUAUGAGUCAGAUGAGCAGGUUUGCGAGUGGUCGCGAUGCGUUUGCCAAUUUUGAUUGGAAAGCCACCCAGAUUUCACCAGAGGACUCCAACGAUCACCGGAACUACUUCUCCGAUGACGAGAGGGAAGAGAGUGAUGGAGAAGAUGAGGUCAUUAUUCCUUUCUCAGCACCUAUUAUUGUAAAUAAAUAUGUAUCUGGAGUACUAAAUUUGGAGCCAAGGAAAGAGAUUAAUAUAUGGAAAAGGAGAACGAUGGCUCAACCAACACCUCUUCGGGUGAAUACCCUGGUCAGAACAAAUUGA